GGCGAGCCGCACAUCACUGUACGCCCGUCGGCGCUCACAUCAGCCGCACAGAAUGCGCCCUGUUUCACGAUGCCGGGGAUCGCGGGGGUAGGUCGGUCCGUUUUAUACACUGGCUUCCAUCGGUAGAAGUGUCAUAUUCAUCCCUCGUGACAGGCUCACUGUGGACAUCGAGGACUUGACAGCAUCUGUGGGCGCUGCGAUGGAUGCUUCCAAUGCGCUCUCGUGAUCUAUGCUGACCGGCGCGGUGGAGUCGUUCCAGCAUCCGUAUCAGCGGAAAGGAUAGAUUAUAUGAAAACCUCCUGCCUAUACGUGUAGUGAACGGGCAAAGAUGGGCAGCACGACCUCUUGCUGCGUGUCUGGCAGCCCCAAGCUCCGCAGAAAUGCCCACUCGAGGCUGGAGUCGUACCAUCAGGAGUCGGAUCUGAGUAGGGAGGAGACGGGAUGUAACCUGCAGCACAUCAGCGACAGGGAGAACGUUGACGAGUUGAACAUGGAGUACAAUCCAUCGGACCAUCCGCGGGCCAGCACGAUAUUCCUCAGCAAAUUACAGAAUGAUGAGGUGCCUUACAGGAAUGUGAGGGAGAAAAGAAAGAGUCUCUUCAUCAAUAAUCAUGGAACACUGAGGCGGAAAUACAGCUCCUGCUCCACCAUCUUCCUAGAUGAUAACACAGUCAGCCAGCCCAACCUCAAAUACACCAUCAAAUGUGUAGCAUUGGCAAUAUACUACCAUAUAAAAAACAGAGACACGGAUGGUGGAAUGCUAUUAGAUAUCUUUGAUGAGAAACUUCACCCUCUCUCGAAGUCAGAGGUUCCGCUGGACUACAACCAACACGAUCCAGAGCAGAAGCAGAUCUACCGGUUUGUCAGGACGCUGUUCAGUGCCGCUCAGCUCACUGCCGAGUGUGCAAUUGUUACAUUGGUCUACCUGGAGAGGCUCCUGACGUAUGCAGAGAUCGACAUCUGUCCAGGGAACUGGAAGAGGAUCGUUCUGGGUGCUAUCCUGCUGGCCUCCAAGGUCUGGGAUGACCAGGCUGUUUGGAACGUUGACUACUGUCAGAUCCUCAAGGACAUCACGGUGGAGGACAUGAACGAACUGGAGCGACAGUUUCUGGAGCUGCUGCAGUUCAACAUCAACGUGCCGUCCAGCGUCUACGCCAAGUACUACUUUGACCUGCGAUCCCUCUCAGAGUCCAACAACCUCAGCUUCCCCCUGGAGCCACUCAGCAGGGAGAAGGCUCAAAAACUGGAGGCUAUAUCCAGGCUAUGUGAUGACAAGUACAAAGACCUGCGGAAAGCCGCCAGGAAGCGCUCAGCCAGCAUGGACAAUCUAUGUGGGAUCCGAUGGAUUCCUGCAAUCCUCUCUUAACCACUGAUUAACUGUCAUGCAGUGAGCAGUGAUAUCAGGCUACAGAUGCUGGCUGAAUGAGAAAACAGAAAGAGACCAACAUUUGUUUGUGCUCACUGGAAGAAUUUCAGUGUGAAUGCACCCGGGAUGCAAAACUUCACAAACUACCUGGAACAGGGGGGUGUAACCUGGCACCAACCGAUGGACCUCACACUUUCCAACUGGAGUCAACAGUUGCAAACUACAGCUGUAGUUUUGGCGGAUCAGGUGAACCAGGGGUGUUUCUACUUUAACUUAUCGCCUUCACAGUGCCUCAAUAUUUCUGUACUGUAAGAGUGAAGGGAGUUUCUGGUUGUCAUAUCAACUGUGGAGACAAUUCUAGCUUUGGACCGCAAAGGAAGUCAAGGUCAAGACAAAGGUUUGAAACUUUUGAGGACACGACGUUGUCAACCCGUCGCAGUGUAAAAAGCCUCUAUUGAGUUUUCUGGUUUUGUCCACACAAAUCUGUUGACUAACUUCAAAGAUGUGACCUAACCUCUCUUUCUGAUAACCCUGCAGUUAUUUUUUCUUUAUUCUCUUUAAUUUUCAACAUUUUCAACUGUAUUUGGCAAACAGUAGUGUAGCACAGGACUUUCAACUGGUUAUUUAUUUUCUUUGACAGCACUAAGAAUAAUAAAAGUUAUCUUCUCUGGAAAUAUUCAAGGUUUACAGUUCUAGUGUACCUCUUUAUACUCAGGUAGUCUGGUUGAUGUUGAUGUUCUGUAAUGCUCCUCAUUUCAGUGACUGUGAGGAGUGAAGUGAGAUGAGAUGAUCAGAUAAACACCAUAUAAGAGAAAGGGCUAGAAUACAUAUAAAAAAAAGUGACAGUAUCCCUGUAGAUACAAUUUGAAACAUGUACAAUCAGUAUAGCAAAAAUUACCACCCAGACCAUGUUUUCAUUCAGCAACUUGACUCCACAAGAAAAAGCUUUGGGUAGGAGACAGCGCAGCUCUCUGCUGACAUCUAGUGGUUAAUUGAGUGUUGCAGAAAUAAACCUGUUAAUCUAGGCCAGUGGUUCCCAAAGUCAAGAGUGCUACGGCCCCCUUAAAAACCAGAAAAUCCCCCCCUCUGUGACUCUGAACAGGAUAAGCGGAAGAGAAUGGAUGGAUGGAUGGAAAAUAAAGGUUUCAAAAACUAAAUUUCUGAAAGUGCUGCGGCCCCCCUGCAGUACCUUUGCGGCCCACCAGGGGGCCGCAGCCCUCGCUUUGGGAACCAGUGGUGUAGGCUGUUAAAAGAGUAGUUCACAAAAAAAAAAAAAAAA